AUGGAGGAGCAGCCGCCGCCGCCGAUCCGCCCGCCAGCGAGAAUGGCCUUGUUGGGCAGCCCACACCCCGGAGCCCCCUCCGCGGCCGCCGCACCUGGCGGGACUUCCUCCGCCGCGACAGCGGCGGCCGUGCUCUCCUUCGGCACCGUGGCGACCGCGGCGGCCGCGGCGCUGGGGAACCAGAGCGACGGGAGCGGGGGCGGCAGCACUGGCGCCUCGGCUGGCGGCGGCCUGGGCGGGCCCAGGGCGGCGGGGGCGGCGGGGAGGCCGCCGCAGGACCCCGAGGCGGCGCCGCUGCUGUCGCACGGGGCGGCGGUGGCGGCCCAGGCGCUCGUGCUCCUGCUCAUCUUCCUGCUGUCUAGCUUGGGCAACUGCGCGGUGAUGGGGGUGAUCGUGAAGCACCGGCAGCUCCGCACCGUCACCAACGCCUUCAUCCUGUCCCUGUCCCUGUCGGAUCUGCUCACGGCGCUGCUCUGCCUGCCCGCCGCCUUCCUGGACCUCUUCACGCCGCCGGGGGGCUCGGCCCCCGCCGCCGCCGCCGCCGCCUCCCCGGCCGCUGGGCCCUGGCGCGGCUUCUGCGCCGCCAGCCGCUUCUUCAGCUCGUGCUUCGGCAUCGUGUCCACGCUCAGCGUGGCCCUCAUCUCGCUGGACCGCUACUGCGCCAUCGUGCGGCCGCCGCGGGAGAAGAUCGGUCGCCGCCGGGCCCUGCAGCUGCUGGCCGGCGCCUGGCUGGCGGCCCUGGGCUUCUCCUUGCCCUGGGAGCUGCUCCGCGCGCCCCGCGAGCCCCCGGCGGCACAGAGCUUCCACGGCUGCCUGUACCGGACGUCCCCGGACCCCGCGCAGCUGGGCGCGGCCUACAGCGUGGGGCUGGUGGUGGCCUGCUACCUGCUGCCCUUCCUGCUCAUGUGCUUCUGCCACUACCACAUCUGCAAGACGGUGCGCCUGUGCGACGUGCGCGUGCGACCCCUGACCACGUACGCGCGCGUGCUGCGCUUCUUCAGCGAGGUGCGCACGGCCACCACCGUGCUGAUCAUGAUCGUCUUCGUCAUCGGCUGCUGGGGGCCCUACUGCUUCCUGGUGCUGCUGGCCGCGGCCCGGCAGGCCCAGGCCACGCAAGCCCCCUCGCUCCUCAACGUGGUGGCUGUGUGGUUGACCUGGGCCAACGGGGCCAUCAACCCUGUCAUCUAUGCCAUUCGCAACCCCAACAUUUCGAUGCUCCUGGGACGCAACCGGGAAGAGGGCUACCGGACUAGGAAUGUGGACGCCUUCCUGCCCAGCCAGGGCCCCCGGCUGCAGGCCAGAAGCCGCAGUCGCCUUCGAAACCGCUAUGCCAACCGGCUGGGAGCCUGCAGCAGGAUAUCUUCUUCCAACCCGGCCAACGGGAUGGGAGGGGAUGUGGCUAUGUGGGCCCGAAAAAAUCCAGUUGUGCUUUUCUGCAGGGAGGGACCCCCAGGGCCUGUGACAGCAGCGAUCAAACAACCUAAAUCCCAAGCCGGGGAUACCAGCCUCUAAGAAGGGCCGGGAUGCAUAGCUUGUGAAGGCAAAUUUUCACCUGCUCCGUUUAAUGAUGCAGGAUUCCGGGGAGAAUCGUGUAUUUCAUAAAGCCAGACAUUUAAAAAAAAGAGACGGAGGGGGAGGCUUACCACUUACCCCCAAACGACAUACAAGACAAUGUGCCCUUCUUCAAAAGUGCCAAAUGUAAAAUGCAAAAAUUAAAACAGUAUCAAACCACA